AUGAAAGCAGCAGAAGACAAAGACAAAAAACAAAACGAGCUGCUGCAGCAGCAGCUACGUGCUGCUGCAGCAAAAGAGCAGCUACUCUCCCGCGUCCCUUCUCUAGAGCUCACUGCAGCACAGCUCAAUGCAGAGUUGAAGACAGCGCAAGAGAGGCUGCAGCAGCAGCAGCAGCAGCUGCAGGAGCUGCAGCAGCAGCAGCAGCCGCUGCAGCUGCGUGUGCGGCAGCAGCAAGCAGCACUUGAGGAGCAGCAGCGGCAGCAGAAAGCAGCAGAGCAGCAGGCAAAGGAGUGGAAAAAUAACUAUCAUAAUGUGGAUAGAGGGGAGCUCGAGCAGCUGCGGCAGGAGAAGACACGGUUCGUGCAUAGGCUGCAGCAGCUGCUCUCUGAAAGACAAAAGGAAGCAGCAGCUCUCAAGGAGAGUGAAGCGAAGAGGACGGAGCUGGAGGGUACGGUAUCGAAGCUGCAGCAAGACGUGAGCAGCAGCACAUCUGAGAAGCAGCAGCUGCAGCAGCAAGUGCAGCAGCUGCAGCAGCAGCAGCAGCAGGUGCAGCAGCUGCAGCAGCAGACAGCAGCAGCAAAGCAGCAGCUGCAGCAGAUACAAGAGGAGCUGCUGCGUGAGCGUAAAUCAAAUGAGAUGCUGCGUUCCCGUCUAGGGCAGCAGCAGCAGCAGCAAGGAACAGCAGCAGCAGCAGCAGCAGCAGCAGCACUAACACCAGAAGUUGCUGCUGCUGUCGGCCGCGUCGUCAGGGUUGGGGUUGUCUCUUGUGCUGCAGCGCAGCAGGCUCUGCAUGCAGUGAAGACAGCAGCAGCAGCAGCACAGGAUGAGGGGAGGAAGCAAGCAUUGAAGGAUGCUGCUGCUGCUGCUGCUCACCAAGAGAUAGGGAUGCUGCAGCAGCUGAAGCAGCAGCAAGACAAGGAGCUCACCGCCGUCAGGAAGCUGCUGCAGCAGCAGACAGAAGAAAACCAAGUCCUACAGAAGCAGCUGGGGGAGCAGCAGCUGCUGCUGCAGCAGCAGGCUGCUGCAGCAGAGCUAGAGCAGCACCAUUUGCUGUCGCAGCUGCGCCGCACAAAAGACGAGCUCAGAAAGGCUCAGCAGCAGCAGCAGCAGCAGCAGCAACAGCUGCAGCAGCUGCAGCAGCUGCAGCAACUGCAGCAGCGACAGCAGCAGCUUAUCGAGGGGCAAGGCUCGGAGGAUGCUUCUGUGCUGCUCCUGCUGCAGCAGCACGAACAGCAGCAGCAGCAGCAGCAGCAGGAACAGCAGCAGCAAGCAAGCCCAGUAAUAUCCAAACGCAUGCAUGAGCAGCAGCUGCAGCAGCAGCAGCAGCAGCAGCAGCAGCAGCAGAGACCAGGGAAGAUGCUAAAGCGAGAGCAGGCAAGCGAUGUGGGUGCUGCUGCAGCAGCAAGAGCAGCAGCUGCUGCUGUGCAUGCUGCUGCUGCUGCUGUUGCUGCUGCUACGGUAGCGCCAGAACAGCAACAUGCAGCCCCCGAUGAGCAGCAGCAGCAGCAACAGCAGCAGCAGCAGCAGCAGCAGCAGGAGAGUGAAACUGGUGAGGAUUCGCCUCAGCCGCAGCAGGAGCAGCACGAGGACGAGGAGCAGCAGCAGCGACAGCAGCAGCUUAUCGAGGGGCAAGGCUCGGAGGACGCCUCUGUGCUGCUCCUGCUGCAGCAGCACGAACAGCAGCAGCAGCAGCAGCAGCAGCAGGAACAGCAGCAGCAAGCAAGCCCAGUAAUAUCCAAACGUAUGCAUGAGCAGCAGCUGCAGCAGCAGCAGCAGCAGCAGCAGCAGCAGAGACCAGGGAAGAUGCUAAAGCGAGAGCAGGCAAGCGAUGUGGGUGCUGCUGCAGCAGCAAGAGCAGCAGCUGCUGCUGUGCAUGCUGCUGCUGCUGCUGUUGCUGCUGGUACGGUAGCGCCAGAACAGCAGCAUGCAGCCCCCGAUGAGCAGCAGCAGCAGCAGCAGCAACAGCAGCAGCAGCAGCAGCAAGAGAGUGAAACUGGUGAGGAUUCGCCUCAGCCGCAGCAGGAGCAGCACGAGGACGAGGAGCAGCAGCAGGAAGACGAUGAGCAGCAGCAGCAGCAGCAGCAGCAGCAGCAGCAGCAGCAGCAUGAAGAAGAAGAGAUAGAAACAGAAGAAGAAUCUAUACAAGACAGCGAGCUAACAGCAGCAGGAAGAGCAGCAGCAGCAGGAGGAAGAACAUCAGGAGCAGCAGCAGGAUGA